AUGGAGAGCGACCCUUGCUUGAAAUUCGGGAAGUACAUUUAUGCCAUCGUACACAAGCUUGAAACGGAAAGGAAAAUUUCCGUUGAAUUAGCACCGGAGACAAAGAAGCUUGUUAAAAUGAAUUUAGCAAAACUAUUAUCAGAAAACAAAGGCAUUCUACUUUUUGAUCCUCAACCAUCUUCAUUCGCAAUGUUAUUAGAUCAUUUAUAUCAGUUCGAUACAAAUGAAAAUAGAAACCGAUAUCGUGAAUUAUUCCUUACGACACCUAAUAUAAAUGAAUUUAUAUCUGGUGUCGUGUUAAACGACGAAGGGCUGGAACAUAAAACCAAAAACGGUAAACUCUGCAGAACCAUGCUACAGAAUGAGGGUAUUAUGAUUGGAGCACGUUUAGAUUUUCCAUCGUACCCGUUGGGUGAAGGAGAUUUUGAAGAAAAUAUUUUAUUACUCGGUUUGGAUAAUAUAAAUACACGUUUCGAAUUUUACAAAGAGAAAGGUUGUCAAUUCUUGAAAGUGACUUAUAACAUUCUUAUCGACAAGGAAAGACCCGGCUUCCGCGCUAUCGAUAGAAAUGCUAUGAUGCUUUCCAUAUUUUCAACGAUGUGCCAUGAAAACCAUAUAGUACCAAUAGUGGUUAUAACAUACGACAGAAAUGGUGAUUAUGAUCUAAAAUUUUGCGGAAAUAAAUUGCUUUCGGUUUUGGGAAUUUUACAACAUUCAUUCAUCCAUCACAGAGUCUUCAUGGAAGGUGUGAUAUUUGGAAUAGACAUUUUUGGUGAAGGAAACAAAUGCAAAACUGUGACAAGCCCACAAGAAAGGGCAAUAUAUACUUUCAAACUUUUAAUACGUUCCCUUAGCCCACGAUUAGGUGGUAUGGUUUUAAUAACUGAACAUGAAACACCCAUAGAUGCUACCGAAAUGUUAAAUGCUGUAAGCAAUCCAGAUUUAAUUAAGCCCUGGCAUACUUCAUUUCUAUUUGGACGUGCUUUGUUAGAGUCUCCAGGAUUAGUUUGGUCUGGUUGGGAUCCUAAAGUGGACAUAGCUCAAGCUGAGUUUUUAAAUUGCGCCAAACAUAACUGUCUUGCUCUCGCAGGGAAAUUUUUUUAUCGAGUAGUGCCAGAUAUAAAAUUUAUACGUCCAUGUAGGUGUUCAAAACAUGAAUUUUACGUGUGA